GUAACACGAGUUGCUACCAAAGCCACACUCUGUUCUCUCUCUUCACUCACUCUGUUUCUCUCUCACUUUCUUUAACUCUGUUUCGAUGCUUGGAAGUGUAGAAACCGCUGCAGUGUUGGUUAUACCUGCAGUUUCUCUAUUCUCUGCUUUCAGAUACACUGUCUCUGUUUCUACUCUCGAAAAGCUUCCAUUCCCCUUCGAGUGAGAAACAUAACUUUUUUUUUUCUUCUCUAACAACCAAAAAAAAAAAAAAACUUGGUUAUACCCUUUGAGAAAUGGACUCAUUCAGUUUCAACAACCUUCAAGCAGAGAAAGCUAACGCCAUGCUUAAAUACCGCAAGCUUCGAAGGAUUGCAAGCUUGUUGCGUCUCGUUGAGGUGUGUGUUGUUUUGGUUUUGAUUUCAAGGGUUUCUCUGCAGCUACCAGUUGCAGUGAGGAACUCAAGCGAGUACUUCAGGGACUUAUCAAUCUUCAUGAAUAGCCCUCGCUUUAUUUUUCUCAUUGGAAACGUCAUAAUCAUCACACUCUUCGCUCAGUUCUCAGCUCAGGGUUCUAGAACAAAAGCUCCAGAACCUAAUCUUUAUGAGGAGUUCCUCCAUAACAGCACAAAGAAUCAGGGGAUUCAAGAGUAUCCAGAAAAGCAGAAAACAGGAACAGACGAUGGAAUUGAGAAUAGAAGAAUCAAUGGAGACAUGGUGGUGAAAUACCCAGAAAAUCAUAGAAUAUGCUCAAAUCAGAAAACUGUUGCAGGCAAAACCAAGGUGAAGGAUUACAGAAGGUGUGAGACAGAGAUUUUAAGGCGCGUGGAGAGUGAGAAACCACGUGGUGUGCUGCGCAGGUGUGAGACAGAGAAAAGAAGGAAAAGCAUUGAAUCUGUUCCUCAGGAAGAAGUGUCAAAGAUUUCAUACCCUGAGGAUAACAUGAGCAACGAGGAAUUUCGUCUCACUGUUGAGGCUUUCAUUGCAAGGCAACAGAGGAUCCGAAGAGAAGAAGAUUACUCUUUUGUUUAAAAAAAAAAUGUAUAUAAAAAAAAGAGAGUUGAUUAUAUUUACAAAUUUUGUUUACAAAUUCUUACAAACUACACUAUAUACUACGGUAUGUAAUACUCGUAAUAUAUAGCGUAGUUUAUAAGAGUUUGUAAUAAAAAGUUUAUAAAUAUAACUAAGAAAAACAUGUAAAUAAAGUGCCACAAAAAAUUGUAUCAGUAGGUUCUGAAUCGUGUUGAUAUUAUAAGAGUGCAAGUUGGGUACUGUAUCAAAUAACUAAGUUUGCGUUUGUCAAUUCAGUGUCAUAUCAUGAAGGGUAUUCUGAUUCUUUAUAAUUUUACACAUUACAGUGGCAUGCAGCUAAGGGAACUUCCCAGAGGCAGAGCAUAUGCUAUUCUCUGGUUUGGACU